CAAUCAGACUCACAACCAGCAACAGAGCGUCAAACCUCAAUGACUCAUUUGUUUGACAAGUAAAACACAUGGAUUGACAACACAGCAACUUUUUUUAAGGUCCUUUUUUUUACAUUCUAACAAACCUGGGAACGAAGCUCUCCAUCAUGUUGGAAAAUUCUGCUGUCUACUCAAGACUCUUGUUUGCUUUUGUGCUGGUCUGUGCAGCUGUCAUGUCGUUUAUCAUGUAUUCAGAUGCUGCAAGAGCCAGUCCCAUAACAACCAAAGUGGACAACAGAGUGAAGCAUAUUGUCCUCAGACGACUGUUUACUCCAUACAGUCAACACCUUUCCCUCUCUACUGGACUGCUGUCAACCGAAACGGGACUCCAGACUGGAACUAAUAGUGAAACUGAGACAAGCACAGAUUACGGAGAAGCCUCGUCAGUCACUGACCAUCAAUCAAACCCUCUACGGUUUACAGACGGUAGCUUUAGUUACAAUCAAAACAACCCAGAUAACAGACACUCCCAAAUGGGAAUCACUAGAGUGCAGAGUGAAGUGAGGCCAGCAAGUAACAUUUUCACCAGCCACUCUCAGCACGGAGGACAAAGCUUUGAGAGACGACAAUCCAGAGUAAAUCUCCCACUCUCUCAGAGAGUAGCCAAAAGUGCAACUUCUUAUAAUUCAUACCCAAUGACCAUUAGAAAAUCAUCUCACAAAGUAGCUUCCAGCCCCUUUCAUCAGAGUUCUAGUCCUUCACAAGUUUGGGAGCCCACAGAUGCUCAGGAAGUUCUUAGGAAGGACUCUUCACAUGUGGCUGAAGAUAAAAUAGUCUGGCAGCCCUCUGACUCUUCAUCCCAGACUGGUAAAUAUUGGAGUACUUUAUUGCCAUCUCCAAGAGGCCAUUACAGUGUCUAUAAAGAGACAAACGAGCUCACUGAGGCCUGGCAGCGGAGUACAUCUAGUGGGAUUCAAUCAAGUAAAUUUCCCAGCUCUGCAAGUCAAACUGCCCCUCACGCACCAUCAGUCAGCAAUAGCCUAGAAGCCUCUGUUAUUAAAAGCAAUCCAAGCCCAGAAAAACUGACAUCAUCCAUCAGAGAUUCUUCCCAGGGGUUGGACUCGAGUGGCAGUGAGACACUAAGACACAAAAACGUCCAGUCGUAUCUGUUCAAGGACUCCCAGACUUCUGUUGGUGGGUAUGAGACAGGUAAUACAGUAACUGGUGAUGGACCCAACGCUUUGGCCACAACACCACAUAAGCAAAGGCCCUCUGAUGCACAAGUUUAUGGUAGGUUUUCUUCAAAUUUUAAACAAUUACAACAGUCGCAAAAAAAAGACCCAACCAACGAUGUACAGAAUCGCUCUCACUAUGCCGCUCCACUGUAUCAUAAUGUUAAUUUGGCCAAGUAUGGUGCUCGGACAGACAGUUUCACCAAAUAUCACCGCACCACAGCAGAAACUCUUGCUCAAAACUCUGUACAUCACACUCCAGGGAAAGACAACACUGUGGAAAUAUUUGACCCUAUACCUCAUGCAGAUUUCCAGGGUAACUAUGCCACUGGCAGCGAGAAAUCUGAAGUUAGUAGCCUGGUUACUGCAGCCAUAAGAGGAUCAAUGCAUGCCUACAAACCUGGACAAAUCAUCAAAGGCCUCUAUGGUUUCAGAGGAUGUAAAAAUGCAUCUGUUCUCUCCUCCAGUGGCUGUAAUGAAAGGGCCAACUCUCAACAAUACAGCUUUGAAAAAGGAAAGUUUAAAAUCACAAAUAAAUACCCGUCUUUGUCAUCAAAGUACAGCUUUGGCCAGAGAAAAGAAUCUACUUUGACUACUACACCAGCAAAGCUUGAGAGGACACCCACAGUUUAUUCCUCACCUUCUACUGGCACUUUAGAUAUCGCCCAAACCAUGACUACUCCAAGGCCGUUCACAUCAGGAUUUAAGGAAGCCCUGACUCUGAUGCCUGAAAUUGAUGCUGGUAUGGGAAGCAACCCAGAUCGCGGACAAGGCAGAAGCUAUGGUGUCAAAGGAUUUGGCCCUCAACCAAUCGAGGGAGCCAAAACUUCACUUGGUGAGCCAGAGAAACCUGCCAGAGUCCAGCAAGGCUUUGAAAGGUUUAAACUUAGAAGCUUACAGAUCCAGCAACCAAAAAGCAGCAGGAUUCACAGGUGCUACAAUAAAACCGGUGAAACAGAGCCAGGCAGUAGCCAUGUAUUCACAGUGAGUCAAGAUCAGCUAAGCAUUCGUGACCUUAAACCACUUUUAAAGACAUUAGGAAGUCCGGAAUCAGCUGCCAGAUUUACAUCUUACAAAUACAAGAACCACAAAAUCUAUAGUUCUGGGAAGUUCAAAGGACAAAAUCCAACUACAGCAAGUCACAUUAUCUCCUCCUCGUAUCUCAGAUCAGCAGGGGACCUCAAAGUUGAAUCCAGCCCAAAAUCUGAGCCAAAAAUGCUUGACAAAACCAAACCUGUUGCAAAGACGGCGAGCCUUCUUAACAGAUCCACCAGCAGUAUGGUGAGAGGGACACGUGUGAAAGGAAAACGCAUUAAUGGCAACAAGUUGAAUGACUAUACCUCUCUGAUCAAUGAAACUACAAAUGUAGCCAUAGUCAGGCUGCCCACGCGGCCUGCCAGCGUCAAAGCUGUCACGUAUAAACUGGCAACGUUUGCUGAUAUUCUUGGAAGUGCUUCGUUCAGUGGUGUCAGAGCUACAACACUGACACCAGUCGCACCGGCUGAUAAGGAUUAUGUUCCAAACACUACAGCUACGACCAAGCAAAGAGAAGGGGCUGAGCAUAAAAGAGAUAAAACAAGGAUAGGUCCUGAAGCACGUGCUGAAGAUGAGGAAGACCAUUCCAGUAGUGUUGAGGAAAACAAGUUGGGUGUUAAAAGUGAAGACGUUGACAGUGACACGAACACAUCAGAUUUAUUCCUGGAUCACGAAGGAAGUGGAAGUGGGGGUUUUAAUAUGUUUGAUGUUUUGUCAGCUGAUACCACAGAGAGUCAGGGACUUAGUGAGGAUUUGUUAGAACUGGAUUAUCUGCGAAUAUCAACAGGGAACAUUUCCUUCAAGUCAAUGAAACUGUCCCAUGCUGAGAAAUGAGAGAAACUUGUCAUGUUAUGUGGAACAAUUCCAAUAAAAGUUGGAAAAGUA